AAGAAAAAAUCAUAAUAGUGUAACAAAAAUGACAGCAGAAAACAGAAUUAAAUAAUAAUAUUAAUUUAUGGACCAAGUAGAUUCACUACUGGCAGAUUUGUCGAAAAUCUUAGUUAACCUUAAGAAAAAUCCUAAUCGAAGAUACAGGAGAGCAACGUUAUUGAACAAACUAAACCAAAGUAGAAUCUAUUACAACGAAAUAUUAGAUUUAAUAGAUCUCUUUGGGGGAACCAAACAGAUUUUUUUUAUAAAGUCGGCAAGGGUAGACGUAAAAUUGGGUACGACGCUGAUUCAAAUGUAUGAUGGCGCACCACAGCAUUUGGAUGCUUUCAUUGACUCCGUAAAUUUAUUAAAUGACACGGUACAAAGUGAUUUUGCUGCAGCCACGGCCGCACAAAUACAAACAGCUCAAGUUACCGUAGUGAAGCUCAUAAAAUCACGGCUAACAGGCGUAGCCCGGCAAGUAAUUGCAGGAGCCGAUGAUUUACAAGGCAUCAUAGACGCAGUAAAACAACACUGCGAGUCAAAAAUUACUUCGGACAAUGUUCUGGCCAAGCUAAAAGCAACCAGACAAAAAGAUUCAAUUCAAACUUUUUGUAACGAAGUUGAAACUUUAACAACACAACUUAAAUCAUGCUAUGUAAGGGAAGAAAUCCCAGCAAACAGAGCCAACACGAUGGCAACCAAAAAAGGAGUCGAGGCUCUAAUAAGCGGUAGCAAGAAUACCGACACAAAACUUAUUUUGAAGGCUGGGACCUUCAACAAAAUUAAUGACGCAAUUCAAAAGGUGAUGGAAAAUAAUGAAAUCACCAGUAACAACAAUUCACCUGCUACAAAUGCUCAAAUUUUAACAGGUCGAGUAAGCCACCCAAGAGGGCGUGGAACAAACCACAGAGGACGUGGUAAUUAUUCAAACUUUUACCAACAUGAUCGACACGUUAGGUACCAAAACUCGCCCCAUAAUCGUGGAAAUUUUUCAAACCAGAGGGGUCAUUGGUCUCAUCGAGGUAAUUUCUCGAAUCAAAGAGGCAAUUGGACUCAGCGUGGACGGUAUCCACCGAAUAUGUUUUUAGCACACCAAGGCGGUGCACAAUAUCAGCCGCCAGCGCACCAGGCAAUUCAAAUGCCGUUGCAUCCACACAUUCAAAUGCCACAGCAACAACAUAUUCUACAGUCAACAAAUGGAAAUAUCCACCCUUUAGGGGUACAGCUGGGGCAGCAUAUACAAUAAA